AGUGGAAUACAAGAUGGCCGUACAGCGUCGACAAAAUUAUUUUUAGCCGUUGUUAUUACCGUUUAAUUUAAGUGAAAAAUUUAAUUAUAUGGGUUAAACAACCAACAGCAUUUUUUGUACUCGUAUGUUCGAAUAAAUAUAAGUAAUAUACGAUUAAGUUAGGUGGUUAAAUAUGUUUCGGUUCCUAAGUGUACGGAAAGGCAGAAAUGCAACGAAUUCAACAAGUGGUAGAAACUCGAAUAAAAACUCCAAUAAGAAUUUAAUACAGUGUAAAGUUGUGCUUUUGGAUGGCUCGGAUAUAAGUGUGGAAUUAUCGAAAAAAGCAAAAGCAAAGGAUCUAUAUGAACAAGUCUUUUACUCGCUAGAUCUCAUAGAGAAAGACUAUUUUGGUUUACAAUUUACGGAUGCCAAUCAUGUGAAACAUUGGCUGGAUCCAACAAAAACCAUCAAGAAGCAAAUUAAAAUUGGUCCACCCUAUACGCUGAGAUUGAAAGUGAAGUUUUAUUCAUCCGAACCGAACAAUUUGAGGGAGGAACUGACGAGAUAUCAGUUUUUUUUGCAGCUGAAACAAGAUAUUUUAGAAGGCAGAUUAGAUUGCCCACCAGACAUAUCAGUGAAGUUGGCCGCAUAUGCUUUACAGUCUGAAUUGGGAGACUAUGAUGAAACUCAACACACCCCUGCCACUGUAUCUGAAUUUAGGUUCGUUCCAAAUCAGACGGAACAGUUCGAAAUUGAUAUUUUGGAAGAAUUUAAAAAAUGCAAAGGAUUAUCCCCAGCCAGUGCGGAAUUGGCUUACUUAAACGAAGCCAAAUGGCUCGAAAUGUACGGUGUUGACAUGCACACAGUCUUGGGAAAAGAUAGCAUGGAAUACAAACUAGGCCUAACUCCUACAGGGAUUCUGGUUUUUGAAGAACCUAAUAUUAAAAUAGGGUUGUUUUUUUGGCCUAAAAUCAGCAAACUGAAUUUUAAAAAGAAGAAACUGACAUUAGUAGUGGUUGAGGAUGACGAUGAAGGACGCGAACAAGAGCAUACGUUUGUGUUUCGGCUUCACAAUGAGAAGGCAUGCAAACACCUAUGGAAAUGCGCAGUGGAGCACCACGGAUUCUUCCGGUUAAGAGCCCCAGUCAAGGGGCCUUCGGCUAGACAGAAUUUCUUUCGGAUGGGCUCCAGGUUCCGGUAUUCUGGAAGAACUGAGUACCAGAGCACGUACCAGAACAGAGCUAGAAGAACGGUUCAGUUGGAGCGAAAACCAAGUCAGAGGUAUGGGAGAAGACAAAGUCACGUGCUGAGAGAGAGGCAGAAACAGCACACGCCAGCGACAGUGGAAGAUCAGAAUGUAGCAGCUAAACCAUCGGACAGUAUUCAACCCUCAUCUAGUCGAUGUAGCGAGAGAUCAACUAAAUCAAAUGCAACAAACAUAACUGAUAAUGAACCAAUUUACUGCCAAGUUAAAGACGAUAUUACGAAGAGUUUAACACCCACGCCGUCAACGCCUACCAGACCAAGCUCUCUGGGAUUAGUUAGUCAAAGUAGUUUUGGGAAGGGUUCAGUGGGACAGAAUUCCUUUGGAAAAUCGUCUAUUGCUUAUGGAUCAGCUUACAGCCCAGCGUUGUCAAGCAGUAGCAAAAACGACACGUUAAAAAGAAACAAGUCAGUUACUCCGAGUUCUAAUGGUCCAGCUGUAAGUCCGACCCCGUCGAACGCCGACAGUCAGUUAGACUUUUUACUGAAAAGUCUCGCUAAAGAAUCAUUGACUGGCGUUGCAAGGGACGAAUCCAGGAAUAAACUUGAAGCAGAAUCUGAAAAUGUAACUAGUUCACAGAAGCCUCUUCCAGCCGAAAUUCCUAAUAAUAUUACAAAAACGGUAGGCAGUGCUAAACCUUUGCCGCCUGGUCAUAUUAAAUGUAAUAUAUUAAAAGCUAAAAUGGAGGAAGAGCUUCAAAAUUCCAAAUUGACUAAUCAGAUGUUUGUUCAAGCGCCUAAAGAAGAAGAAACUUCCCUAAAUGCAGCUACUUUUAUAUCUGUGGGUGGUGAUAAGUUGACGCUUACUGUGAGUGGUCCCUCUAGUAUUGAACCCGUUAAAGAACCCGUUAAACGGUGUACCACUCCUAUAACAGUUACGUUCUUUGGUCAGGCAAUGAAUGAUGGCAAGUUAGAAAUAUGCCAGGUGGUUAACGAUACAAACGAGAAUAAAUCCGAACCAGAAAAUGAGACGAAUUUCAAUCCGUUUGCAAAUUAUUUGAAAAAUGGCGAAGUCAAUCCAUUCAGCGGUAUGAAGUUUAGUAAAAACAACCCGUUUGUGGAGAUUUCAGGGAAUGAAGAGGACCUUAAAGAUGAAGCUAACAAAAAUAGCAUUGAGACUAAUGAAGAUGUAGAAAUCGCGGACAUACCAUCAACUCCAAAAAGUCCCAACUUAAGUAAACUGUCUCCUUGGCUGGUCUCACAAGAAGUCAUUUCAUCUCCUGUGACUAAAGUCAAUACUACUGAAACAGCCAUCAUCAGAAAAUCCGUAAUAACGACACAACUUUAGAAGUUUGUUUUUGCAAAAAUUCGGAUGAAAUUAUUUUUUUAUUGUUGCAAUAACAUAUAAUAUUUAAAAAAAGAAUCUAAGAGUAUAUAAUUAUUAUAUUUGACAAUAAAAGUUCUAUAAAUUUUGUAAGUACAAAUAUUUUUUACUAUGUAAGUGUACUUAAAUAGUUUCUAGGUCGAUAUACGAUAUGUGAUAAAUUAAAUUGAAAUAUUUGAGAAGAAAUCUCUAACGUUUUAUUAUAUUUAAGUUAUAAUACUGUUGUACUUAUGAGCUGUAUUGAUUUUUACAAUUUUAUAUAUUAAAAAUUUAUUUU